CGUGGUGCUCUCCGGAGUCGGACGAUGUUCGUGCGUGCCUGGCACGGCUGCUGCUGUCCCACUGUCGCGCUCGCUGUCACCGUCGUCGCGUGAGGAGAGGGCUCGCGUACGCGUACCGUCACGGUGCGAAGCAGCGUCCUACGUCCACUACGAGCGUGCCGUCCGACCUCGCGAGCAUGUCAAGUCAAAUAUGCCUAAAGUGGAACAGUUUUCUCAGCAAUAUCGCGACCAGUUUCGAGAGUCUGUGGGAGGAAGAGGGCCUGGUGGACGUGACUCUCGCCAGCGACGGACAGUGUCUCACGGCACACAAGGUGAUACUCUCGGCCAGCAGCCCCUUCUUCAAGAAGGUCUUCCAGACAAACCCGUGUCAACAUCCGGUUGUAAUACUACAGGAUGUACACUUUAGCGAAUUGGAGGCACUACUUAUAUUUAUAUAUAAAGGAGAAGUGAAUAUCGAGCAAAAGAACUUACCUGCGCUUUUGAAAGCAGCGGAAACAUUGCAAAUUCGUGGUCUGUCUGGCGGAGAUAUUUUUGCAAAGGAGUCCUACAAACGACUAGCUGAAUUAGAACAGGCCGUGGCUGACGAUGUACCGUUGAUUAAAGAGGAGAUACCUAAAAAGAAACAGAAAGUUAGCAAGCAACAAAAUAAUUCCAUUCUGGAGAAGGCGCUGACGCCUAGAAUAUCGCAGUCGGAAAACACAAAUGAAUCUGCAGCCAGCGAUCAAAGCGGGAAGGAUGGGGAGUAUAUGUUACCUGAAACGUUACCCAAUCCAGUAUACCAUCGUCUGGAGAUGAAAAUAGAACCAUUAGAAGUGGCGGUAGAAGAUCUCCAAAAACAAUCUCCGUUAGAUAAGGAUCCAGUGGAAAGGCUAGACACGGGGCAAACAGAUGGAAAUCAAGGGUCUGGGAACAGCCCUGCCGAAGACAUUUCCGGUUUAUCUGGCUUGUCCGGGCUAAGUGGAUUCUCGGACGUCAAACCGCUGCUUUACUCGUAUCAGCAACUACCGUAUGCCGAUCUCCUGCCGAGUCCGGACAUAAUCUCGACCUGGGCGUCGUCCCGGCCGAUGGAUCAUCUCGCCUGCGACCUCAUGAAGAUUCUUUUCACGCCGGAAGAGAGGAUCCUCUGCAACGUCAACGGCAAGAUGGGCAAGCAGCAGUUUGACAGCAACAAGAUACAUCUAAUCCGGGAAGUCCUGUUGCACUUCAGUGGCAUCGCGCCCAACAGCAUCGAAUGGGAGGAGGUGUGGAAAAAUUGCGUAACCAAAAUCGACACUAGCAAUAGGGGCUUGAAAAGGUUGAAAUUCGUUGCAGGCUCAUCAAAGUCCAGUUCGACGGCCGAAACUUGCCACUCUUUUUCGCAACUGCAAACUCAGAGAGAUCCGCUCGCAGUUGGACAGAGUUCAUCAUGGAAUGUCACAAAAAUCUUGGAGGACCCGUCGUCCGAUUCACCGAAUCACUCUCGCGCCGAACAAACGUCGGAUCAAGUGGAGUCUGCGAAUUCGCUCGUAAAGCACAGCCAUGAAGUCUCGCAACCCAGUUUUCCCACAUUCACCGACUCCUGCGGUACAGAUUUAUCGGAAGAAACUAUGAAAGGUGGACCGUCGUACCUACCGUUUCCCUGUCCGUUUUGCGACAGAGCGUACACGAGCUGGGGCUUCCGCAGAAGACACAUAAAAGCCGUUCACACCAUUUCUCCAUCCCUUAAUUGCAAAUGGUGUUUACAAGUUCUCCCGACGCACGCAGCUUGGAAACGGCAUGUGAUAUUAGCGCACAAUCUGUCUGCCAAUGACGCGCACAAUGGCCUUUUAAUUCUGGAAGAGGCACAAAUGGUUCUGCAAAUAAUGCGCCCUACCAAAUUGGAUAUGUUGGUUAAUAUCAUUAAACAAUGCGCCAAACAGAACAAAGAUAACGACAAAGAUACUCAAUCGGAUAAAGAUUAAGCAGUUGUGAUAGUUUUGAUGAAGCGUGCGAGUAUCACGCUUAUACAGUUUCGUACAUGCAUGUAUCGAAGACUUGUCACUUUGAAAAUUCGUAUUAUUGAUUACAUCGUGCCGAUGAAAUUAUUCGUGAAAACUAUCGAGAACAUAGUUCAUCGUAAUAUAAAACUUAACUAUUUCAAGUAAAUGUGAAUUUAUUGUUUUGCAUCCUGAAAUUGAUUCAUAAAUUUAAAACGUACUUUUAUGGACUUAAUACAUAUUUUAACUUGUUAACAUAUUUUAUUUUAUUCACAUAGUUACGUGGAUGUUUAUUAUAUUAUUUAUUGCCCUUUUGUAUCAAGCUAGCUUUAGCAAUUUACGUCAAAAAUGAUUUGAGUAUUAUAAUUUAAUACAAGAGUAUACGUAUGCGUGUGUAUGUAUGAACUACUGUGAUGUAGGCAUAUAUUACUAAGCAUUUCCGAGUGUAAACCAAGUCCUUUCUUGGCGAAAGCUGAAAUAAACUUUAUAUAUACAGGGUGUUUCCUAAGUAAGUAGACAAACUUAAGGAGGAUA